AUGGUGGAGGACGGCGCGGAGGAGCUGGAGGAUCUGGUACACUUCUCCGUGUCCGAGUUGCCUAGUCGCGGCUACGGCGUCAUGGAGGAGAUCCGGCGGCAGGGCAAGCUAUGCGACGUGACGCUCAAGAUUGGGGACCACAAAUUCAGUGCUCACCGGAUCGUUUUAGCAGCUUCAAUCCCGUAUUUCCACGCUAUGUUUACAAAUGACAUGAUGGAGUGCAAGCAAGAUGAGAUUGUAAUGCAAGGAAUGGACCCAAGUGCCCUGGAGGCUCUGAUCAACUUUGCCUACAACGGCCACCUUGCCAUUGACCAGCAAAAUGUCCAGUCGUUGCUCAUGGGGGCUAGCUUCCUACAGCUGCAGAGCAUCAAAGACGCCUGCUGCACAUUCCUCCGAGAACGUCUUCACCCUAAGAACUGUCUGGGUGUGCGCCAGUUUGCCGAGACAAUGAUGUGUGCCGUACUGUAUGAUGCAGCCAACAGCUUCAUCCACCAGCACUUUGUAGAGGUGUCCAUGUCGGAAGAGUUCCUGGCCCUGCCCUUGGAAGACGUGCUUGAGCUGGUGUCUCGGGAUGAGCUGAAUGUAAAAUCAGAGGAGCAGGUCUUUGAAGCUGCAUUGGCCUGGAUCAGAUAUGACCGGGAGCAGAGGGGGGCCUGCCUGCCUGAGCUGCUGUCCAAUAUCCGCCUGCCUCUCUGCCGACCCCAGUUCCUGUCGGACCGAGUGCAGCAGGAUGACCUGGUGCGUUGCUGCCACAAAUGCAGGGACCUGGUGGAUGAAGCAAAGGACUAUCACCUCAUGCCAGAGCGCCGGCCCCACCUGCCAGCUUUUAGAACUCGGCCCCGCUGCUGUACAUCCAUCACUGGGCUUAUCUACGCUGUGGGCGGCCUCAACUCAGCAGCAAAUUUUUAUGCAGGUGAUUCCCUGAAUGUGGUGGAAGUGUUCGACCCCAUCGCCAAUCGCUGGGAGAAGUGCCAUCCCAUGACAACAGCCCGUAGCCGCGUGGGUGUGGCUGUGGUGAAUGGGCUUCUCUACGCCAUCGGUGGAUACGACGGCCAGCUACGGCUGAGCACCGUGGAGGUCUACAACCCAGAGACAGAUACCUGGACCAGAGUGGGGAGCAUGAAUAGCAAGAGAAGUGCCAUGGGGACAGUCGUGCUGGAUGGGCAGAUCUACGUUUGUGGGGGCUACGAUGGCAACUCCUCCCUCAACUCUGUGGAGACCUAUUCCCCUGAGACAGACAAGUGGACAGUGGUCACCCCAAUGAGCUCGAAUCGCAGUGCUGCUGGGGUUACAGUCUUUGAGGGCAGGAUAUACGUGUCGGGAGGCCACGACGGCUUGCAGAUCUUCAGCAGUGUGGAACAUUACAACCACCACACAGCCACCUGGCACCCAGCAGCAGGCAUGCUCAACAAGCGCUGCCGGCACGGCGCUGCCUCCCUGGGAAGCAAGAUGUUCGUCUGUGGGGGCUACGAUGGCUCUGGCUUCCUCAGCAUUGCCGAGAUGUACAGCUCAGUGGCAGACCAGUGGUGCCUGAUCGUCCCCAUGCACACACGUCGGAGUCGGGUCUCCCUUGUGGCCAGCUGCGGGCGCCUCUAUGCUGUAGGGGGUUAUGAUGGACAGUCGAACCUCAGCUCAGUGGAGAUGUAUGACCCAGAGACGGACCGUUGGACAUUUAUGGCCCCCAUGGCAUGUCAUGAGGGAGGGGUUGGUGUGGGUUGCAUCCCUCUCCUCACCAUUUAA